CUUUUUUCAUAUAACAGCAGACAAAGUCAAAAACUUAACGACAGAGACGACCAACUCAUUCUUGAUCCCGAUGAAGAAUCCACAACUCUAAACCCAAAAAGAAGAAGAGAGAGAGAACUCCUCCAUCGAAUAUCCGAUUCCCCUUAAUUUUCUUUUUCUCUUUUCUUUUCUUUAAAUAAUUUUAAGGUCUUCUAAAUCAAAGAUGUCUACUGAAGAAAUCACGAGCAUUCAUGAAUGCGCAGAGGCAGGAAAUCUCGAUGGCUUGCAGAAACUACUUCUCCAAAAUCCUUCUCUCCUUAAUCAAACUAGUGAUGCUCUUAUGCUAGAAACCCCAUUGCAUAUUGCUGCUAGUGUCAAUAAAAUUGAGAUAAUAAAGUAUUUGCUUGACUGGGAAGGACCAGGGAAAGUGGAGUUGGAAGCUAAGAAUGCGUACGGCGAGACUCCAUUGCACACUGCAGCUAAGAAUGGAUGCAACGAGGCGGCCAAGUUGCUUCUCGGCUCUGGUGUCAAUAUUGAAGCAAGAACAAAUAACUCGAUGACUCCAUUACAUCUUGCAGUUGGUUAUGCACUUCGAUCUGGAGACAACUCGAUUGUGAUAACGUUAUCAGAAUAUAAUGCUGAUUGUUCCGCCAAAGACGAUGAGGGUAUGAUUCCUUUCAACUAUCUCCCAAUAGGCCUACAAAACGAUGAAUUGGUGAAAUUUCUGAAAGUUGAUGCUCCGACUCAAACUGACAAUUCUGCAACACCGAUCUACAGUAAAAUGCUCCACUCAAAGGCUGGACAUCGCAUCAAUAAAAUAAUGGGAAUCGUUUCAUCAGGAAACUUAAGUCCUGCAAAUUACGAAGAAAAAAUAAACAAGAUCAUGGGAAUGAUGAAUACAUCAGGCGGCUCAAGGCCUGAAAACUACAAAGAAAAGAUAAAAGAAUUCGUGGAAAAGGUUAAUACAUCAAAGACUGGACAGAGUUACGAAGAAUGCAUAAAACAGUUCGUAUUGGAAAUGAAGAAUACACCAGGCAAAUCUAGGCCUGGAAAUAACGAGGAACACGUAAACGAGACGGGACAAUCUAAUACUUCGGGGUCCUCAUUCACUGGAAAUGGAUCCCAAGAUGAUGAAGAUGGAAUAGAAAGAAAGAUGAAAGAGUUUGAUCAAGAACUAUCGAAGAUGGUUGGAUUGCAUGAGCUUAAACUUCAGCUCAAAAAAUGGGCAAAGGUGAUGCUCAUGGACGAGAAACGUCGUGCGAUGGGGAUAAAUCCUGGACCAAGAAAACCACCUCACAUGGCGUUUCUUGGAAAUCCCGGGACAGGUAAGACCACCGUGGCACGAAUCCUAGGCAAACUACUUCAAUCUGUUGGUGUACUUUGUUCUGAUAGUGUAACAGAAGUGCAAUGCUCGGAUUUGAUAGGAGAGUCCAUUGGACAAACCGGACCAAAGACUAAAAAAAAAAUCGAAGAGGCCAUGGGGGGGAUUUUGUUCAUUGAUGAAGCAUAUCGUUUAGCACCUGAGCAUAGCACCAAAGACUAUGGUGUGGAGGCAAUGGAAGAGAUUAUGUCUGCGAUGGAAGAUGGAAACAUUGUGGUCAUUUUUGCUGGUUCAACUGAGCCGAUGAAGCGUGUGUUCUCUUCGAAUGCGGAAUUUUGCAAAAGAGUUGCCCAUUUUUUUAAAUUUGAUGAUUUUACAUGCAACGAUCUUGCACAGAUGGUAAAGAUAAAGAUGAGCGAGCAAAAUGAGAACAGCAAGUUGUACGGAUUUAAGCUGCAUCCCUCAUGUACAUCCGGUGCUAUUCUUAAAGUGAUUGAAAAGAACUCCACAAAGAAGCUACGGAACAAACUGAAUGCAGGUUUGGUUGAUCAAAUGUUGAACAAUGCUCGAGAAAAUCUUGAUUCGAGGCUGAAUUUGAAAUCUAAAGGUGAUGAACUAUUGACAAUCACAUUAAGUGAUUUGAGAGCUGGACUUUUAAAAUGUUAUCGGCGAGAGUGAAUGUCGAUUAUUGAAGGAGAAAAGAAAUGGAGAUGAGAAGUUGGUUUGUGUGUGUAUACAUUCUUUGAGAUGAUUGUACAACUCCAAGAUAUAUACAUUCUUUGAGAUGAUUUUCUAAUUUUCAUUUUCUUAUGUUUGUACGUAAUUCAAUGCACUUAAUUAGUUAUGUAAUGAAAUAAGUACGAACGGAACAGAACGUACGAAUCAUGUUUUAGUAUAAGUCGUCCUCGGUAUAUUGGAGAUGCGACUUUGUGUGCUAUGGGGGCGGGUGGGGUUAAAGAUGGCUUCAAAGUCGAGAACGAUACUGAUUUCUCAUUCGAUGUAGUCCUUUGUU